AUGGCAAAGACAUCCAAGAAAGCUGGACAGGUUGUCGGCGCUACGUCGUCUCAAUCUCCUCCUCCAAAUGUGGCUGAAAAUCAACCAUACUUUCAUUUUGAACAGGAGGAAAUGGAUUAUGAGACGCUUAGGGCAACACUAGGUGUGUUGCAGGAUGAGUUGGCCAGUCUGAGGGCCAAUCAGGAAAAUACGGCAGAGACCUUAGCGCUGCAGCAAAGGGAGAUUGAGCGUCAACGCCAGGAGCUAAAUGAGCGGCAGACAGAAAUGGACCGUCGGCAUAGAGAUGCCACGACUGCUCUUGAAGCAGCCAUUCAUUUCACCAGGGGGCAUGCUGCGCCGGCCUCUCAACCGGAUCAGCCACCAAGGGCAUCACCACAACGGGCCCCAAAUCCAAGUCCUCCGAUCCAGCCAACAAGCCCACAAAGGUCGGAGCAACCACCUGUUUCUCAAGAUGAUGUCCCAAUUCGGGAUCCUGAGCAACAGCCACCUUCUCAGAGAAAUUCAGAUGUAACAGAAGAUCAUUAUGUAUCAUCAAAAAAUGGACGAACCUGGACUUAA